GACAGCAAGAAGAAGGAUUGCUCUCUGCUGAGAAGGAAGAGGGACUAAAGAGGAGUAGUAGAUGCAAAGUUGAGUGUGAUUUCUUUCUCCAUUUCAGGAAAGGGGCACAAUGUUCACCCCCGGCUCUGCUCUGACACUGGAGCAGGGCUGGCAAACAGGGGCAACUGGAAGCCUCCAGAAGCUGAAGAAAUUUAAUAAUCAGGACUUUCACCACCUGCGAACCUUGUGUCUGAGCCAAGGAGUGCUUUUUGAGGAUGCCACCUUCCCUGCUCAUGUCAGCUCCAUUGGUCCCAACCUGCUCCCAGAGGAUAAGCUGCGGCGAAUACAAUGGAAGAGGCCAACUGAACUUCAGAGAAAUCCUUACUUGAUCAUGGAUGGAGUUAGCAGAUUUGAUAUCAUGCAAGGAGAAAUAGGUGACUGCUGGCUGCUGGCUGCCGUGGGCUCCCUGACACUGCAGAAGCAAUUUUUGGAAAAUGUUUUACCAAAGGACCAAGGAUUCCAGGAUGAUUAUGCUGGGAUUUUUCAUUUCCGGUUCUGGCAAUAUGGAGACUGGGUGGAUGUAGUGAUAGAUGACCAGCUACCAUUCCUAAAUGGAAGAUACCUGUCUGUACAGCCUCGAACAUCAAAUGAAUUCUGGCCAUCCUUGCUGGAAAAAGCAUAUGCCAAUGUAAGGACUAAUUAACUUCUUUUUUUUUUUUUUUUUUUUUUUUUGCAUGGAGGCUACCUUUCUGAUGCUUUAGUAGACCUCACAGGUGGAAUCCAAAUGGAAUUUUCAUUGAAGAAUCCCCCUCCUGAUCUGGAAGAGAUACUGAAAGCAGCUGAUAAAUCUCAUUGUCUGAUGGGGUGUAGCACCUCAGGCUCGCUGAAGAGAAACAUAGAGGUGAGGAAUGGGAUUGUACAGGGUCAUGCCUACACUGUCACAGGAGCUGUGAAGAUACACUACAAGAAUGGCUGGAAACAUAUAAUCAGAAUCUGGAAUCCGUGGGGCCAUGGGGAGUGGAAGGGGCCCUGGUGUGACAACUCUCCUCAGUGGGACCAUGUUGAGCCUAAAUGCAGAGAAGCCCUCCUCAGAAAUAAGGAUGAUGGAGAAUUCUGGAUGUCCUGUGAAAACUUCCAGGAGCAGUUUUCCUGGCUGUAUAUAUGUAACAGCACCCCAACUUUUCUGGACUUUGGAGAUCAGCACUGCACAAAGUGGUCCGUGGACAGCCACAUCAACCUGUGGAGUCCAGUCCUUGCCACAGGCAGGAACUAUUCCCCAGGUGCAGUUUCAACAAACCCUCAGUAUUUUUUCAAAGUGCCAGAUUAUGACUCAAAACCCUAUAAUGUAGUCGUUUCACUCAUGCAAAAACAUGCUGAGGAUAUGCACAAUGCAAAAACCCUGAAGAUUGGCUUUUUGAUCACCAUGGAGAACUCCAAAGUUCUGGAACAAUUUUCCCGGACUCGAGAUGUAACCAAAUACUUUACCUUGAGCCCAGGAACCUAUGCUGUUGUUCCUGCUACUACAGAGGACCAAGAAUUUGAAUUUCUCUUACGAAUUUUCAUGAAGAAUCAAGACUACAAUGAGAACUCAAACUUCCCGCCCAACCCAGUGCUGCCAAUGGAUGUACCAAGACAGAACCAGGACAGAUCCUAUAAGGCUGUCUUCCUAAGAUACACUAAGCAGGGCUCAACUAUUGAUGCCUCGCAGCUGCAACAACUCCUUAAUGAUGUGAUCCUGCAAGAUGAAAUGACCAGUCUGGGAGGAAGAUUCAGCUUCGAUUCAUGCAGAGGCAUUUUAGCUCUGAUGGAUCUCAACUCGAAUGGACAUCUCACACUGCAGGAGUUUGGGCGCCUCUGGCGAAGCCUGACUAAGUACAUGGAUAUCUUCAGCAAGGAAGACAGAAAUCAUUCUGGAUUUCUUGAUGUGUCUGAACUGAAGAGUGCAAUACAGACAGCAGGACUGACCGCUAACGAGCAGCUCCUGUGCCUGCUGGCCUUGCGAUACGGCGAUGCUGCCAGGAGAAUUGGCUUCUCUGACUUUGUGUGCUGCAUGCUGCGCCUUGAAACCAUGACCAAUGCAUUUCAAAACUUAGCAGAGGGAGGAUCACAAGUUUUGAUGACAGCAAUGGAGUGGCUGACUCUUGUCAUGUACACCUAAAGAGACGUCAGAACUCGAUGCGUCUGGUGGCUUUUCUGCUCCUCAGUAGGCCACACAGCCCAAGGCCAUCCCAUACAAGAGCUAUCAUGGGGUUCUUGAAAAACCACUGUGAAGGAGUGAAGCCAGAUUUCCUAUGGACUUUUGAUUAUGCUUGAUGGUACUCAGAUGUUGGGAUGAAGGGUCCUUUUCAGGCAAACUGGAGUUGCUUUGGAGAGAGAAGAGAAGAUAAUGAGGGAUAUCCAUGAGCAAGCUGGUAGUACUUAAUGGUCUGGGCAAGAUAGAAGUGCUGACUGUAAUCUCCUCUCAUCUUCCUGUAAAUAAUACGGCUGGUUCUCCUGGUUAAUGCACAGAAGUCAGGAACAGCUCCAUUAACUCCACUGCACAUAAGAAUAGAGUCAGGCCUUCUGUGUGGAAGGAUUGUCUAUCAUGUAGGUAACAAAAACAA